GUUCCCGCCCUGGCCACUCCCACCUGCGCGAGGGAUGCGUCUGAUCUUGCGCUAGACCGCAUUCUGACAGACGAUUUUAUUUAUAAAAUUAGCAGUAUAAACAUAUACAUUUUGAUAUAAAUCCGCUUAAAAUGGAUUCCAUAAUCGAUGCCGAACCUUCCUAAAUUCUGAUCAUGGCAGAAUAAGCGUUUUAAUCGACGACAGGGUCGAUGGAGAGACUUUAACGUCAGAUUGAACCGCUGAGGUGAACCUGACUCAAUGAACCAUGCCUGGGAAAUUAAAGGCGAAGAUUGUUGCAGGACGGCACCUGCCUGUCAUGGACCGUGCCAGCGACCUGACAGACGCCUUUGUAGAGGUGAAGUUUGGAAACACAACAUUCAAAACUGACGUCUAUCCCAAGUCUCUAAACCCUCUGUGGAACUCAGAGUGGUUUAAAUUUGAGGUGGAUGAUGAGGAUCUGCAGGACGAGCCUUUGCAGAUAACAGUACUUGACCAUGACACGUACAGCGCUAAUGAUGCCAUAGGAAAGGUGUACAUUGACAUCGAUCCAUUACUCUGCAGCGAAGCUGCUACUGUUAUCUCUGGGUGGCUCCCCAUCUAUGACACUAUACAUGGUAUAAGAGGAGAAAUCAAUGUAUUGGUGAAGGUUGAUCUCUUCAAUGACCUAAACCGCUUCAGGCAGUCGUCAUGUGGAGUUAAAUUCUUCUGUACAACCUCUAUUCCCCGAUGCUACCGUGCUGUUAUGGUUCAUGGCUUUGUUGAGGAGCUUGUGGUAAAUGAAGAUCCAGAGUACCAGUGGAUCGACCGCAUCCGAACCCCUCGUGCAUCUAAUGAAGCCCGACAGAGACUCAUCUUCCUUAUGUCUGGUGAACUUCAGAGGAAGAUCGGUCUGAAGGUGCUGGAGAUGGGUGGGAACACAGUGGUGGGGUACCUGCAGUGCUUUGAUCUAGAAGGAGAAACUGGCCUUGUGGUCCGUGCCAUCGGGACAGCCUGUACUCUGGAGAAAAUCAGCACACUCCCUACUACAAACACAAAUCCCAGCAACUCCUCUCCUUCAAAAGACAUGAAAGACUCUCCGCAGGCUGCUCCUUCUACUCUCGGAUGUCGUUCCACACACAGCAGUCCGGUUCACAGCGCCAGCAGUCGUCUUUCUCAGGGCUUCUCCGUUUCUGUGCCAACACUGCUUUUUGCCGGUAUGAAACCCAGACACAGGAGCUCAGAGGCCCCCAGAGCCAGACAGUGUAGGCCAGUUUUUGGGGAGGAGGCCACGGGCGUCCCGUUACCCUCAGGACCUCCCACCCCUCUGAGAGCACAAACCUUCUCUUCCUUCUCCCCCUCCAAGUCCUUCAGCCGCCAGUCGUCCUCCUCUGACACCGAGCUCAGCCUCACCCCCAAAACCGUGAGGAUAUUUAUGUCUCCCAGUUCUCCUGCUCUUGAGUGCGAAUCAUCUUCCCUCCCCUCUGCCUAUCUGCCCCGCCACUUAUGGCCAGGGAUGGCCACCAGGAGUACAACUCCUCCCCCACUCCAUGUCAGCCAAUCAGACACAGCCAUGCUGAGAAAGUGCGUGUUUUUCAGUGAGGAACUGCUGCUGGCGGCCUCCGGAAUGGGCAGUGGUGGCAGUGCAGGAAAGGAGGCGGGGCCUCUUAAAGCUCUUCUGAGACAGCAGACCCAAUCAGCACUGGAGCAGAGAGAAUACCCCUUCUUCACGCUGACCUCCUUCCCUCCUGGAUUUCUUCUUCACGUUGGGGGUGUGGUCAGUGCACGCUCAGUAAAGCUUCUGGAUCGAAUCCACAACCCAGCCUUGGGUAACACCAGAUCAUACAAACUGCUAGACUGGAAUAGUUUCACUGCAGAUGAGCCGGAGACGCGAGACGCUUGGUGGGAGGAGAUCCGUCAGGAAAUUAAGUCUCAUGCCAAGGCUCUCGGCUGCCACGCUGUGGUUGGUUACAGCGAGUCCACCAGCAUCUGCGAGGAGGUGUGUAUACUGUCUGCAUCGGGCACUGCGGCGAUCAUCAGCUCUCGUUUCAUGCAGGAUGGUUCCCUGGAUGUUGAACACAGGUUGUCACGGCAACCGGUUGUCUUUACUUCAGGGGCAGAGAGGUUCGAGGGGGAUAUGGGUAGUUCAGCAUCAUUGGGAUUUGAGGAGGUGGCGCCCCCUGGCUGUGGUUUCUGUCACAUACCGUAUGAUGAGUUGAAUAUACCGUUUCCUGCCCAGCUCACCUAUUGCUAUUGUUGCCGUCGCUACAAAGUGCCUGACAUCCUGUUCACCACAAUCGACUUACCUACUGAUGCCAAUGUCACUGGCAAAGGCUGCCUGAUUCAAGCCAGGUUGUGUCGGACUAAAAAGAAAGCCCAGGGUGAGGGGAACGCCACGGCUAUCAGCAAUCUGCUGCCCUUUUUGGAGUAUGAGCUCCACACCCAACUAAUGAACAAACUCAAAUUACGGGGCAUGAAUGCUCUGUUUGGCCUGCGUGUCCAGAUCAGCGUCGGAGAGACCAUGCUGCUGGGAUUGGCGUCUGCUACAGGAGUCUAUCUGACAGCGUUACCCUGUCCUGGAGGAAUCCAGGUAGCUGGAAAAACUCCCAGUGACAUGGCAUACGAACAGCACAUCACCAAUAUGCAGAAAAAAAUCAACGACACCAUAACUAAAAACAAAGAGCUAUAUGAAAUCAACCCACCUGAGGUUGUCGAAGAGAUAAUUGGUUCACCAAUCCCUGAGCACCGUCAAAGGUCCCGCCUCUUUCGCUCUCACUCAGAGAGCUCAGACGAGGUGUUAGAACUAGACUUGUCUCAUGGGAAGAAGGAUGCUUUCGUACUGGAGAUUGAUGACACUGAUGCGGUGGAAGAUAUUCAUGCACUUUUGACUGAUGCCCCAACCCCACCAGGGUUUUACAGUUGCAACACUGAAAUCAUGCCUGGAAUUCAGAACUGGACUUCAGCUAUACAGAUGUUUACCUCCGUGAGGGUCUUCCGCCUUAACAACGUCAACCUGACCAAUCAGGGACUGAAUAAGGUUUUCAGCGACCUCUGUGAGAAUCUGCUCAAGAGUUUAUACUUCAAACUGCGAUCGAUGAUCCCCUGCUGUCUUUGUCACCUAAAUUUCACUGUGGCCGUACCUGAAGAUGAACUCAUACAGGUGGCUGUGACAGCUGUGGCCAUGAGCUUUGACAAAGAUCAGACUCUGGAAAAUGGCAAGCACAGUGGGCAGAAGACAUUGAUAAAGGGAAUAUCAGAAAAUGACGAGCAGCUUCAGUUCAAUCUGGAGCUCAAUCCUGAGUCGUCUUCUCCAAACCCUCUCAGCUCCUCCAAAGGUCUAGCGGAUGUUUCAGGCAGCCAUUCAUCAGCAAAAGCCCCCUCAGUUGAUUACAGUUCCUUUGCAGACAGAUGCAGUUCCUGGAUAGAGCAGCUUAAACUGAAAGCUCACACCAUAAGACGUGGAUCUAUUAAAACAACAUCAUCUCAGGAGAAGAACAGCCCGUUGCCAGAAGGCCGUUCUCGUUCUCUGCGGUCAAAUCGCUCGUACUCGGGUGGUUCUGUCACUGUGGUCAAAAUGACUCCUCUGUCUUUCAUUCCCGGAGCAAAGAUCAUCAAAUACCUCGGCAUCAUCAACAUGUUCUUCAUUAGAGAGACAACCUCGCUCAGAGAGGAGGGAGGUGUGAGCGGGUUUCUGCAUAUGUUCAUAGCUGAAGUAUUCGCAAUGGUUCGUGCCCACGUCGCUGCUCUCGGAGGAAACGCUGUAGUCUCCUACACCAUGAAGGAGUGUGUGUUUAUGGAGAACCCUAACAAGAACCAGGCGCAGUGUCUGAUCAAUGUCAGUGGGGAUGCCGUUAUCUUCGUACGAGAAUCUGAAUCUGAUGUAUCGUCUCUACAGUCGCAGUCCGCUACUACACAGACCUUCAACGGUGGGGACGGAACGUAAAGCCUAAUAAACA